AUGACUGACGAAACUAAGAUUAGUGCUAUCCUCCACCGGGACACACGCUUUGUCCCAAAGAAAGCCGUCGGUGGCAAGGGGUGCUACGUCUUUCUGGAAGAUGGAACCAAAUUCCUCGAUGCCACGGGUGGCGCAGCUGUAUCUUGUCUAGGACACGGUAACGAACAGGUCAUCCAAAUCAUCAAGGAUCAGAUGGACCAGAUAUCCUACUGUCAUUCUGCCUUUUUCGGCACACAAGUAGCCGAGGACCUUGCUCAACUCCUGGUGGACUCUACUGGAGGAAAACUAUCCAAGGUCUUUAUAACCAGCUCGGGGUCCGAGGCCGUGGAGGCUGCACUUAAGCUAGCACGGCAAUACUUCUUGGAGCUUCCCACUCCUCAAACCGAACGUACCAAUUUCAUUGCACGUCUUCCAUCCUACCAUGGCACCACACUCGGGGCGCUUUCCGUUGGUGGCCAUGUUCAGCGUCGGCAGCCAUUUGAACCACUUCUCUCCAAGAACGUAUCCCAUGUUUCCCCAUGCUAUGCAUACCGUGGGAAGUGGGACGGCGAGUCUGAUGCAAAGUAUGUGGCACGUCUGGCAGCCGAGCUAGAGGCCGAAUUCCAACGUGUCGGACCCGAAACUGUGUGCGCAUUCAUUGCAGAGCCGGUCGUCGGCGCGGCUCUCGGUUGUGUCCCCGCAGUACCAGGGUAUUUCCGCGCAAUGAAAGCCGUCUGCGAAAAGCACGGCGCUCUCUUGAUCCUUGAUGAGAUCAUGAGCGGGAUGGGCCGUUGUGGGACCUUGCAUGUCUGGGAGCAAGAGGAUAUUGUUCCCGAUAUCCAGACUAUUGCAAAGGGUCUGGGCGGUGGCUACGCGCCGGUGUCGGCCGUCUUGAUUAAUGAUUCUAUUGUGCAGACAAUGGACAAAGGAACCGGGCAGUUCCGCCAUGGACAGACAUAUCAAGGUCAUCCGGUCUCAUGUGCUGCUGCAUUUGCUGUGCAAAAGACUAUUCAGGAGCAGUCUCUCUUAGACAAUGUCCGAACCAUGGGUGCUUACCUUGAGACACAGUUGAAGCAGCGAUUCGAGAGUCAUCCUUACGUGGGAGAUAUUCGUGGGAAAGGGCUGUUCUGGGGUCUUGAAUUUGUCAUAGACAAGGCCACGAAAGAGCCAUUUGACCCCAAGGAUCGUCUGUCUUACCGGAUCCAGGAGAAGGGUCUACAACCGGAGCACAGUGUUUCACUAUAUGGCUGUUCUGGUACCGUGGAUGGAAUCAAAGGAGAUCAUCUUAUAAUCGCGCCGCCUUAUAUCGUAUCGAAAGAGGAGAUUGAUAUUAUUGUUAGCACGCUAGAUAAUGUUAUGAAGGAGGGUUUUUGCCUCGCCAUAGAGCAGAGCGCGCUCUAUAUCUACUCCAAGAGUUUACUUUCAUAUCCUUGGAAUAUGCAAUUAGUUAAGGAAUUUCAUCUUGUUAAAAAUGUGACUACCGGAAGAAACACUAAACGACAAAGCAGAUGUAGAAAAUUCAAGUCAGAUCAUGUGAAUGUUGGGAUAUUUCAUAAUUAUACAAGUACAUGA